ACUAGCCAUCACAUCGAAUAGCUGAGGGUGAGAAAAAGAGAGAGAGAGAGGGAUGGUGUCAAGAAUGCAGGGGAGAACGGUGGUGAGGAAGAAGCUUAACAAGCUCUCUUCCCUUACCAAAUCCAAAUCUUUGCAGAAGAGCUCAGUGGUGGUGGAUGGUUUUUACCACAUCAAUGAAUUGAAACUCAGAUUGGAGGCAAUGGUUAGAGAAUACUCAAUCCUUCUCCAAAAUCUUCAGUUGCCCACUGAAGUGAAAGUAGAGAGGAUUCAUGGAGAUGGGUUACUGGUAAUAAAAGUGAAGAGUUGGGAGAAAGGGAGAGGCUUGCUGGUAUCCAUCUUGGAGAGCUUGGAGGAGAUGGGUGUGAAUGUGGUGCAAGCUAGGGUUUCAUGCACCCAUGGCUUCAACAUGGAAGCCAUUGCUGAAGCUCGAGACAAAGCCCCUGAUAUACAAAAAUUGACUCAACAAAUUCACAAGGCAAUUGCAGAACCUGGUCAUGGUGGAGUAGUACUUUGACAUUCCUGAUAAAACCCCAAAUUUGUAGCCUAAAAACUCUAUCAAAUGGAGCUGCUUUAUCUAUACAUAUUUGGUUCUACUCUUAAUUAAGCACAUAGAAUUAAUGGAA